GUUUAUAAAAAGAUCUGAUGUGGAUGAGACAGUUGGUCGUAUUCAGACCUCCGAUAAACAGCCACAAACAUGGAGCACAGUGGAGGAAAAAUCUAAAAAUUCUUCCGCAGGAUAUUUCCAUAACUCGUGUCCCAUCAAAUUUAGGUGAAAUACCUUUAAAAAAAAGUUGUGCACCAAAGAGACUGGAGACAGGAGACAGACAACAUGCCAGGACCUGGAGGACCAGAUUCAAAGGGGGAAGACUACUCCACAGCCAUCCUCAAGCAAAAACACAGGCCCAACAGGCUCAUAGUGGAUGAAGCUAUUAAUGAAGACAGCAGCAUCGUCUGCCUCUCACAGAACAAGACGGAGGAGCUGCAGUUCUUCCGAGGCGAUACGGUGGUGCUGAGAGGCAGGAAACGCCGGCAGACGGUUUGCAUCAUGCUUACUGAUGCCACCUGUGGAGACGACCGCAUUCGCAUCAAUCGCGUAACCAGGAGCAACCUGCGUGUACACCUUGGUGACGUCAUCAGUAUAAAUGCUUGUCCGGAUAUCAAAUAUGGCAAAAAGGUCCAUGUGCUCCCCAUCGACGACACAGUGGAGGGUCUGACUGGAAACCUGUUUGAAGUCUUCCUAAAACCCUACUUUCUAGAGGCUUACCGGCCUGUGCACAAAGAUGAUGUGUUCCUGGUGCGGGGGAGCAUGCGUGCUGUGGAGUUCAAAGUGGUGGAGACAGACCCCAGCCCACACUGUAUUGUUGCCCCAGAUACAGUCCUUUACUGUGAUGGCGAGCCAAUUAAAAGAGAGGAUGAGGAAGAAAAUCUCAAUGAUGUGGGCUACGAUGACAUUGGUGGCUGCAGGAAACAGCUUGCACAGAUCAAGGAGAUGGUGGAGCUUCCAUUGCGGCACCCUGGACUCUUCAAGGCCAUUGGGGUCAAGCCUCCCAGGGGUAUUCUGCUCUAUGGACCAGCAGGCACAGGAAAAACCCUAGUGGCCCGCGCUGUUGCCAAUGAAACUGGGGCGUUCUUUUUUCUUAUCAACGGACCUGAGAUUAUGAGUAAGCUGGCAGGAGAGUCAGAAAGUAACCUCCGAAAAGCAUUUGAAGAAGCAGAAAACAAUGCCCCUGCCAUUAUUUUUAUUGAUGAGUUGGAUGCAAUUGCUCCCAAAAGAGAAAAGACCCAUGGGGAAGUGGAAAGGCGGAUUGUGUCCCAGCUCCUGACCCUGAUGGAUGGCCUGAAGCAGCGGGCUCAUGUGGUCGUCAUGGCAGCCACUAACCGUCCCAACAGCAUCGACCCUGCCCUGAGGAGAUUUGGCAGGUUUGACCGGGAAAUUGACAUCGGGAUCCCAGACUCCACUGGCAGACUGGAGAUCCUACAGAUCCACACCAAAAACAUGAAACUGGCAGAUGAUGUUGAUCUGGAGAGGGUGGCCACAGAGACCCAUGGCCAUGUGGGCGCUGAUUUGGCAGCUUUGUGCUCAGAGGCUGCUCUACAAGCCAUCCGCAAGAAGAUGACUGUCAUUGACCUGGAGGAUGAAACCAUUGAUGCAGAUCUGCUCAACUCUCUAGCGGUCACCAUGGACGAUUUUCAAUGGGCCCUGAGUCAGAGCAACCCAUCAGCCCUGAGAGAGACUGUGGCUGAGGUACCAAAUGUUAGCUGGGAUGACAUCGGGGGCCUGGAGGAGGUCAAGACUGAACUACAAGAGCUUGUUCAGUAUCCAGUGGAGUACCCAGACAAGUUCCUGAAGUUUGGGAUGACCCCAUCACGAGGAGUGUUGUUUUAUGGACCUCCAGGCUGUGGAAAAACUCUGUUGGCAAAAGCCAUUGCCAAUGAGUGUCAAGCCAACUUUGUUUCCAUCAAAGGCCCUGAGAUGCUCACCAUGUGGUUUGGUGAAUCUGAAGCCAAUGUCCGAGAUGUCUUUGAUAAGGCACGACAAGCAGCCCCUUGCAUCCUAUUUUUUGAUGAGUUGGACUCUAUUGCCAAAUCUAGAGGAGGUGGUGCAGGCGAUGCAGGUGGGGCAGCAGACAGAGUUAUCAACCAGAUUCUCACUGAGAUGGACGGUAUGUCUGACAAAAAGAAUGUCUUCAUCAUUGGUGCCACUAAUAGACCUGACAUUAUAGACUCGGCCAUUCUGAGACCAGGGCGUCUGGAUCAGCUCAUCUACAUCCCGCUGCCAGACAAACCUUCACGCAUGGCCAUCCUUCGUGCAAACCUCAGAAAAUCUCCAGUGGCUCGAGAUGUGGAUCUAGAAUACAUGGCUGGCAUCACAGACGGGUUUUCAGGCGCAGACCUGACAGAAAUCUGCCAGCGAGCGUGUAAACUGGCCAUACGUGAGGCUAUUGAGGCAGAGAUCAAAGCUGAACGCCAGAGGCAGAGCAGACCGGGCAUUCCCAUGGAUGAGGACUAUGACCCAGUGCCAGAGAUCAGGAGGGAUCACUUUGAGGAAGCGAUGAGGUUUGCACGCCGUUCUGUCAGUGAUAAUGACAUUCGAAAGUACGAGAUGUUUGCUCAAACACUCCAGCAAAGCAGAGGAUUUGGAAACUUUAGGUUCCCAGCAAGUACAGGUACGCGAAAUCAGGGAACAUCGGGGCCUGGCCCAGCAAGGCCAGGUUUAUACAGAGAAGAAGGAGAUGAUGAUCUCUACCAAUAAAGAAAUUGUUGUGUAAUAGUUUAAAUAAAGGGGAUAA